AAAUGGUGCCGUUGACUGGAAUUGCGUUUUGCCUUGUGGAAUGUGGAUGAGUAAAAGAGGGCGUUGGUAAUGGAGUGGGUUUAUGCUUUGCAAAGAGAAACUGGAGAAAAGAGUGCAGAAAUGGACAAAUCUCCGAAAAGCGUCUAGAAAUUAAUCUUGAAGCUCUCUCUCUCACACACACCACCGUCUACAGCAGAUGUUUCCGAGAUUGGUGCAGCCUCCUCCGCUGGAAGGAAUUGAAGACAUGCACAGAGCAGACCCUUGCCUCGUCUUGACUUCCGAUCCCAAACCCCGUCUCCGCUGGACUGCUGACCUUCACGACCGAUUUGUCGAUGCAGUCACUCAGCUUGGUGGCGCCGCUAAAGCUACACCCAAGGCCAUUAUGCGAACAAUGAAUGUCAAGGGGCUCACACUUUUUCAUUUAAAGAGUCAUCUGCAGAAAUACAGGCUAGGUAAGCAAUCGGGAAAGGAUAUGGAUGAGGUAUCCAAGGAUGGAUUGUCAGCUUCAUACCUUCUUGAAAGCCCUGGUACUGGUAAUUCUUCACCAAAUUUGCCUACUUCCGAUAUGAAUGAGGGUUAUGAAGUCAAAGAGGCAUUACGAGUGCAAAUGGAAGUACAAAGUAAACUGCAUGUGCAAGUUGAGGCUGAGAAGCACUUGCAGAUUCGCCAGGAUGCAGAGCGAAGAUAUAUGGCCAUGCUUGAGAGAGCUUGUAAGAUGCUUGCUGAUCAAUUUAUUGGAGGUUCAGUCAUUGAUACUGAUGGCCAUAAAUGUCAAGUAUUGGGGAAUAAGAAUCCAAAAAGUUCCUCCCUCGACCCACUUGGCUUCUACUCGUUACAAUCCACAGAUGUGGCUGGAGUUCACGGUCAGGAAGAAGUGCUAACUAGUUUCCAACCCCAAAGGGCUGAUUGCUCCACUGAAAGCUGCCUCACAUCACAUGAGAGUCCUGGAGGGCUAACUUUGGAAGGAUCUCCAGGUGGUGGGAAAACAAGAAUGCUGAGCUUGGAGUCGGCAACUGCAUCUUUAAUUUGGGGUGAAGCGAAGGUGAGAACCCAAGUUGAGGCUCAUGGAAUGACUAGGUAUGCUAUAUAGGGUCGAAGCAUGUGUUUGAAUGGUUGAUCAUCUCGUGAUCAGAAGCAGAUCCUUUUGUUCACUCUGUGCAUUACAACCUUAAAAAUGUAAAAUUUUCAGUCUCUUCCUGUCCGUCUAGUUGGCAGGAAUUGGAAGUAGUGGCAACUAGGUCUCCAACCCCAAACUGUAAAUUCAACAUACUAGGGGCUUAAGUACCAGAACUAAUUGCUUCUUAUUUUGCAAGUCAUGUGGCUGAAAACUUGAUGCAGUAUCUUCCAUUACGUAUUAUAGUGCAGUCUUGAAAACCAUAGGAUCCUCUCAUAUCAACUUUUGCAUGAAUAUGAUCGUUCAGUAGCGAACUUUCGUAAUUUGCCGAUAAAGUAAUGUUAGCCAUACAGGCCAGCCUAUGUU